CGAAAGGGCAAGUUCAGGCCGGAGUGCUUCCAAAUGAUUGUUAAUUUAGAUAAAACUUGAAAAAUUAAGAAUGACAGUAAACAUAUUAUGGGUAUCUGUUUGGAUGGUUUUCAUGCUAUUUCUGUCAGAAGCUAAAGUUACAUGGAACGUUACAUGGAACGUAGUGAAACAAAUAGCAUAUGGUGAAGAUUUAGAAUUGUUUUGUAUGUCUGACGAAUAUAACAUGUCAUCUACAAAGAGUAAAAGAUGGUAUAGAGGACCUGAACAGAAGUUGCUUACAUUGAAUGGUGGGUCAAUGAAUAACAAAAAGUACAAUGCCUCUAUCGAAAGUAAAGGAUUCAAGUUAAUUAUCAAAAACUGCACAGAAAACGAUGUGAAUGUAACAUAUCAGUGUGAAUAUGGGUUUACAAAGUCUGAGAAAUUACUUCUACUGGCUGAAGAUGUUUUUAAAAAAGAUUUCCAUAAAAAUAAAGAGGAGCUUCAAGAAAUUGAUAGUAAAACUGCUGUAAUACUUGGCAUAGUGAUAGGUGUAUUUAUUGUUAUAUGUAUUUUGGUAUUUGCAAUAUUGUACAAAAGAUUUAGAGGUCAAUUUGACGUGGUAACUAACAAUUGUUUUACUAAACAAUCUCAGAAUGCAGAAGAUCCAUAUGUUGAGGUACAAUAUGAUGCUGUACCACCUAAUGAAACAAAUGGUAAUGACAAUCAACCAACAAAUAUAGAUCAAUAUGAAGGGGUAAGAAAUCAUCCUGCACAACCUAACGAGUCAAAUGGUAUUAACUAUCAGGAGACAAUUAUAGCUAAUAGAUUUGGUCAUCAUCCAUCAAGUGGAAAUCAAUAUGAUGGGGUAAGAAAUCAUCCUGCACAACCUAACGAGUCAAAUGGUAUUAACUAUCAGGAGACAAUUAUAGCUAAUAGAUUUGGUCAUCAUCCAUCAAGUGAAGUACCAUUUGUAGAUAUAGAAACAUCUGCUACACCACAAUCAUCUUUUCAGCCAGAAAUUGCGACAAGCUUUUCAAGGAUUGGUGCUUGUAAAACACCACAACCACAACAAUUGGGUGAUGAGUAUAAUGAAACACACCAUGUAGCUGAUACAGAUAGAUCUAUUGUGUCUUCCCAACAGGAGGCAGUUGUUAUUUCAAAUAAUGGCUCUCACAUUUCAAAUCCAAAUCAGGAGGAAGAAUUUAUUAUCAGUUCAGCAAAAUUCCCAGCAUAUUCUAAGAAAAGAGUUAGAGAACAAAGUUUUACUGAAUGGUCUCUAAGUGAACCAUCCAAACAAAAGAUGGCCAGUGCUGGAUUCUUUUAUAAAGGAUGCAAUACCUAUGCUCAAUGCUUCUGUUGUGGAUUCAAUCAGAAAUGGAAAGAAAAUGAUGAUCCUUUAAGUAGCAGCUUGCAUUAUGAUAAUUGUUUGUAUUCUGAAAAAGUAAAUAACAUCUCUGCCCAGGCUAGUAACCCAAGAAGUCCUGCUAAUGAAGAAACAAAUCCAAAGUCAAUGGAAUAAUCUCAAGUUUUAUGAUGAGUUCAGAGAGAUUAUUGUUAUGGCUACAUGAAACCCAAUUGAUUACAUGAAGCACAAAUUUAGAUGUUCCACUAAUAAUAAAUUUUCUACAGACUUGUAUUAAGACUUUGGCAAAACCACGAAAUCAAAUAUCCACGAACUUGAAAUAUUUCCUUUAUCCAUGAAAAUUGGUGCAUGUACCAACAAAAAUACAUGAAUCCACAGUAUUGGUUUAUGAUAUUCAACUCAGAUUGUUUUUAUCAGAAUUUGUUAUACCUGAGUUAUAUAAGAUCUUACUGUUGAAAUUAUAGCAGAAUUGGUAAUGAGAUUAUAGUCACCCCUUACUUCGGUUGGAUUAUUACUUGUUAUUUUCAAGAUAAUUUGAUAAUGACAUAUUCAAAAACAAAUGUUUAUCAAUUAUAAGUACAGUUGAAAAUAAUUAUAAUACAAUUGAUUACAAGAAAUGCUAGCCAGAGCUUCCAUGUUAUUUUCUUUAAGAUCAUAUAUAAUAUGCAAUUAAUUUUUUACUGGGUAAAAGUUGUCCAAAGCCAAAUAUUAUGCAUGAAAGGGUAAAAUGAUUUGAUAUGAAAUUUAUAAGUUAUUUAGUUAAUUUCUGCAAUAGGUUCAAAACUGUUUAUUGACAUAAGCAUUUAAAAGCAUAAUUUUCAAAAAAAACUAUUUUAGAUUAGUUAAAUAAUAAACUUAGGUUGAAUACCUACGCAUAAGUUGAAAGUUAAACUAAUAGUUGUUGUAUCCAAUGCCUAUCAAAACUAUAUUCGGUAAAAUUCUUAUGUAUUAAGACAGAAGAGGCAUAAACAUGACAAAAUGUAUGGCAUUACAAAUUGCUUAACAUUAAGAUACAGCUUAUGAAUUAAAAUAAAGUUGAAAAAUCUGUUUACGAGGUUUUUGAAAUUUUAUUUAUAAGCUUAAUUGUUGAGGUUUUUUAUGCCUUAAGUAGGGGCAUUAUGUUUUUUGGUACGUGCAUCCAUUUUGUUCUUUUGUCCACUGUUCUGUCCCACUUUAGUUUAUAGUUUUUGGUCAAGGAAGGUUUUAAAGAAGUUGAAGUCCAAUCAACUUGAAACCUAGUACACAUGUUUCCUAGGAUAUGAUCUUUUUAAUUUUGUAAUAUCAAUAGCAAAUUAGAGUAUUGACCCCAGUUUCACAGUCAACUAAACAUAUAAAAUGAUAGUGCGAGUUGGGCAUCUGCAUGUGUGCUAUGUACACAUCCUUUUUUUGUACUUCAAGUCCACGAAUGGACUAUAAAUGCAGUUCCAGUAAUCACAGUCUUUCAAAGGACUAUAAACUUAGUUAUAGAAAUUUGUAGGACCUUAAAUUUAGAUAUUGAGGAGAUCCACACGUAGCCUCUGGCUGUUCACAAUCCUCUUUAAAUAAAUAUAGAAUUAAAUUAAAUUUAGAUAUGGUCUGUGACUUUCACAAUAAAAGAUCAACUAUGGUGUGCUAGCAAACUUUUCCUGAAACUCUAAACUUAUAAUAGGAAAAGCAUAUGCAGCUUAGGAUUUGCAACUAUGUUAUGUGGUAGAUAUAUACAUAAAACUGUUUUUAAGUGUUUUUGUACCAUUUGCCCUUGGUAUAUAGCUGUUUGUUAUCUUUAUUUGGCAUUAAUAACGAUAAGUCCAUAUUUAUUUCACAAUAACAGUUAAAGCAUCAAACUUCAAACCACAAAAGCCUUGCACUUAAGUACAAAAUGUAGAACUAUGUAUAAACUCUUUAUUCACUAUGCUAUUGCUGAAAGAAACCAUGAAGAAAAUUGCAAUAAUAAUUUUUAAUAAUUUGCAAUACAAUUGGACAUUUUUGUAUGCCAUUAAAAAUUACAGUUUAUUUUUAUUUUGCUUGUACCUAAUAACACAUCAACCUGCCAUACUGAAUAUAAGGAUUGAUAUAUAUAAAAAAAUGAGAUGGUUAAACAUAUAAACUCUCUUUGAAAUUUCAGAAAAUGUCAUCAGGUAUGGAAAAUAAGCAGAAAAUUUAAAUAAUCAGAACUUCAGAGCAUUUGAAAUGAUCAAUAAUGUAAUGGUGCUAUAAAAUUUAAAAAAAAAGGUUUCAAACAAUUUUUUGGAAAAUCAGAAAAUCUGCUUUUAUUCUUUUAAAGGUAAAAUAAUAUUAAUAAUUGUAAACUAACAUUUUAUAUUGUUAUCUACUGUUGUUAUUUGGAUUUUGUAAAAAUUCACAUUUUGUCUUUGACAUGUUUGAUGUGUACUUCUUCCUAGAAGAAAGUAAAAUCAACAAAUACUGAACUCUGAGGAAAAAAUUCAAAUAAAAAAUUUCUCAAAUCCGAAGGCAAAAUUAAAAGCUCAAACACAGCAAACACAUCAAAUGAAUGGAUAACAACUGUCAUAUUUCUGACUUAGUAUAGGCAUUUUUUUUAUAUGUAUCACUGUCAGAAUUGUCAAUGAAUUUAUUUAAUAUAAUGUAUUUUCAAUAAUAUACACAUGAUACAUGGAGGAGGUAUAGUUGGAUUACGAUUGUUGACCUAGUCACUGCAAUUAAAGUCAGAUUGGUAACUUAUCAUAGUAAACAGAUUUUUAUGUAAUAUAUAUUUUUUAGUGCAUUCCCUUUUUGACAAAAUGUUUGAAAAACUAAAAUUUUGAAAGACUUUUUUUAUUUCAAUCGAUUUAUUCAUUAGUUGUGUAAAGUUGUUUUAUAUAUGCAAGGAUAGUAAUAUUUAAUGAUGCCAACGACCAAGGUCAGUAUUGUUUCCAUAGUGUUGACAAAGUGUGAUAUGAAAAUGUUAUAACAAAUUUAAUAUUUAUUCAUGAAAGCAUAUGAGUGGUUUUAAAACCACAUUAGAAUGUACAAGAAUUAUUGUUGUGAUUGUUUAUGCUGUGCAUUAUUCAUUUGCAGAGUUGUAAGCUAUUUCUAUACAAGGGCAAAAAUAAAAAAGUUCAUUAUUUAUUAUUGGUAUUACGCCACCAUCGUCAGCGUCGUCCGUAAACAGAUGGUUUCCAGAUUAAAAUUGAGCAUAAGUAAAUAAAAAUGAAAAAUAAUUUUAACACAAUGUUUAGGAAGUUUGGGAUUGAUUUUUAGCGUCAUGGUCAAAAAGGGAAAAAAGGGACCCGAAUAAGCAUUUUUGUAGUUUCUAGUCAAUUACUUGUGUUUAAGUGUAUAAAUUUCUCUGAAAUUAUACCACAAGUUUCAAUACUAUAAAGGGAUGAUCAGAAAGGUGGGGGUUGGAAGGCUCAAAUCAUAUCAAUAAGGGGCAAUAAAAGGGGGAAAACAAGGGUGUAAGAGAGGUAUUCCAAUUCCAUUUAAAGAAAACUGUUAUUUAAUAUGUUUGAUUAGCUCCCUUACACUGCUUUAAAAUAUGGUAUAAAGAAAUGAUGAUUGUCUUCAGAUGAUAAGCUGUAAAUUAAUGUUUUGAAGUUACUAUUAAUUUAUAUUAGUUUUAACCAUGACUAUGUCAUUUUAUAUUUUAAUAUUAUACAUGUAUGAUGUAUUUUUGUAAUAAGGGAAGUGAAAAAAAUGGGGAGAGGUACAAUUUUCUCAUUUCAGAUUUCAGAAAUUGAAAAGAAAAUUUCUUCAAAUAUUUUUUUUUAAGAAGAUUAAUAUUCAACAGCAAUUAAAGAGCAUUGCUCAAAAGCACACAAAAAUUAAGUUCAUUCCACCACAUUCAUUCUGUGUCAGAAACCUAUGCUGUGUCAGCUAUUUAAUUACAAUCCAAAUUCAGAGCUGUAUCAAGCUUGAAUGUUGUGUCCAUACUUGCCCCAACUGUUCAGGGUUGACCUCUGUGGUCGUAUAAAGCUGCGCCCUGCUGACCAUCUGGUUUUAUGAUGCUUUGGAAUAACUUGGUAUUUUAUCAAUGUACUAGAAAAAACUUUUUUCACCAACAAAUUGCUGGUUCCAUUUUACAAAUUUAAAGUGAUAUCAUGAUUAUUAUUUUAAGUUUUACAGUCAGAUAUUGCAGAUAUUAUAAAGCAACCAUGUUACUGUGUUGAUAAAUACACAUUUUUGGAUAUGUUUAUACAUGUAUGUAGUAAUGCCAAAAAUUUAGUUAAUAUUGCAAACACCAAAGAUUUAAAUUGCUUUCUGAAAUUUUUUGUCCUGUUUCCAACUACCAAUUUAUCUUGGAACUGAUGCAUUAUAUUUGCAAUAAAGACGAUUAAUAUCAAAAUCUAUAGAAUAGGGUGUACAUUGUAAAUGUUAUGAAAAUGGUGUUUUUUUAAUGACUCAGUUGUAUUUUUCAACUUGUAAGUUACUGUAAAUUCAGAAAUUAUUUGGUGCAUUUAAUAUUGCGAUUUUGUCAUUUUAGACUUGAAUGCGAUUUUAUUUUUUACGAUUUUGAGAAAAAUCUGUUUGGAUUCAUAUAAAACAUUUCAAAAUGCGAGUUUAAAUCAUUGGGAAUUACAACUCUGUCUCAUGUUUCGCAAUAAUAAAAACUUUGCAAUAAUUUCUGAAUUUACAGUAACUAGAAUACACAUUAGAAAACUACCUCAAAAUUUUUGACAUCAAACUUAGCCAUAAGAUUUGACAUAAAAUUUUGACAUCGAAUCCUAGCCAUAAGAUUUGACAGAUUGAAAUGAGUAGUUUUGAAUUUUAUAGGUUGAACUUUAUUGCUGAUUCAAAAGACAUGCCUCUCUAAUGGGGGAUUUGAACAUUAAAAAAUGUUUUUUUGUUUACCUGUACUGACUCAGAUGUACUUGUUAAUAUAAUUAUUUUCUGUGACUGUGUCUUGCAUUUAUUUGUAGGAUCCUUUACUAUAGAUAAUUGAUCUGAUCUGUAACAAUAACAUCUCCAUGCUUUAUAUAUCAUGUUCUGUAGUGCGCCGCUAGAUUAAAACUGACGAGGAAAGGUAACACACUACCACCGAAAGCUUUAUUUUUGUGAAGCCCAGGUGGUUGUGUGGUCUAGCGGGACGGCUGCAAUGCAGGCAAUUUGGUGUCACGAUAUCUCAGUAGCAUGGGUUCGAAUCCCGGCGAGGGAAGAACAUAAAAUUUUCGAAAGCAAAUUUACAGACCUAACAUUGUUGGGUUGAUGUUUAGACGAGUUGUAUAUAUAUAAUGUACACAUAUAGCUACUGGUUCCAAAGGAUAAUUUCCAUGUUUAUUCUUAUGUUUGCAAAUUUUUUGUUUAACAAAAUGUAACAGCACUUUUUUUAUACUAAGUUCUGUGCUAAAGAAACCAAUACUAUUUCCAAAUUAAGAUUGUAAAUCAAUGUAUAUAAUAUGAAUCUUUGUAAUAACUUUUUAUCCCUUCUCUAAGAGUGGGUUCUUUUUAUACUCUGUUCGUCCAUUCUUCUUUUAUUCCUUUGUCCAGUACUUUAAAGUUGCAACUUUCUUAGUUGCAACUGAAUAGCAUUACUUCAUAUUUUGUCAGUGAUUUGUGCAGCAGGUGCACUUUUGUCAGAAAAUUCUCCUGUUUGUUGAUCUUUAACGAGUUACCAUUUGCGAAAUAUAUUGUUUUUCAUACAUUUCUAACAUGUCUAACAUUAUCUAAGGACUGAACAGAAUGACAUUAAAAAGUUCUUAAGUAUGAUUUCUGUCUCGAUCUAUCAGAAGUUUACCCUCUGUUUUCCAAAACUUUUCAAUAUACAUUCAACAUACAUUUCUCUGUAGUAUUGGGCAUAAUUAUUUAACAUUUGCCUUUGGUCACCCGUUUGACAGCAUGGAUUUUAAAGGUAUGAUUACUUAUUUGGUCUGUCAGACAACUAAUACAAGAAUUUUUUAAACUGCUUUGGUCAAGGAGGGUAUUAAAAGUGUUACAAUGGAUAUGUUCUUUUAAGAGUCAACAUUGUACUUAAGGUUGUUAUUGAGAUUUUAGAAGUUUUACUUUUGUAUGUCUUUGUGUAUUAUUGUUAAGGAGUUUUUAAAGCUAAGCAUGAUGUUAAUGAUGUUUUUUAAGAAUAAAUGUAAAGGUCAGAAAUUAUUAUAUUACUUAAUAUGGAAGUAUAUGAGGGGCAUAUUGUGUGUUUGAUUCUCAGGGUUAAAUUUUCCAGGUACAAGGCAUUUAAAGGGGAUCAAUGUAAUAGUCUUUUUUCACAUGACUUUUCUUAAGAGUUGAAAAAAAGAGGUGAAAUAUACCAAAUGGACAUUCAAACUGAUAAGUAGAAAACAAACUGAAAACGCCAUGACAUGAAGAGAAAAUAACCAAAAGAUAAUGAACAGUAUACAAAACACAAUUUAUGGAAACAUUAAGACUGAGCAACACAAACCAUACCAGUGCAGCGAGAUAUCAAUAUUUUACCUUUAUUUAUUUAUUGAUUUUUAAAUCAUUUAAUUGAAUGGUUGAUUUACUUUGGAACUUGCAUUAUAUUCAUUGCUACUAUCAAUACAGGAGAUACUGGUUUAGCAAUAAUAAAUCAAGGUAGAAAUAUCAUCUUUCUAGAAACAUAUAAACACCUAAGAUCCCAAAUCUGCAGGUCUUUUCAAAAACUAUUUCAAGAGUAAAUAUACUUUAUUUUCAAAUACAAUUUUAAUCAGUAUAUAUUUUGUGAAAAGAUUCUCUGGCUUUUUACUUUUGAAAUCUAGAGUGAAAUUUGAAACAUUUAAAGGCAUUUAAAGUGUUUGAUUUGUAAAUUUAGAUGCAAGAUUUAAAUUCCUGCAACUUAUACUGAAAUUGCUAUCUUAGGUCAAAUACAGUACCAUUUAAUUUCAUACACAAAUUAUUUUAUAUUGUGUGAAUAUUUUCUAAUAUGAGAGAGUUUUAGUGGACAUACUUGAAGAUUUCAAGCUAAACCAUAGCUAUCUCACAUUUUGUGUAGUUGACAUAGCAAAGAAUAUGUUAAAAUAGUGUUUUCAUCACAUUGAAUUCUAAUUGUUUUCUGAAUAAAAAUUAUGUUUUCUUGUCUAAUCAAUGUUUUUGAAACAAAAGGUGAAAUACAAAUACAGUCAAUAAACCUAUAAGAUAAUUACAUAAAACUUGUUAUCCUCUUUUAUGUAUAAAAUUAUCAUUACAUCUUGUUUGGUAAAACUGAUAUGUUAUCGUACUGAUCAUGUCAUCUGUUAAUGAUCUUAUUUUCUUUUAAUAUUUACAAUUUCAUGUUUAAUGUCCUAUUUUGUCUUUUAGUACAUUAUGA